GGCGCGGCUGAGGCGCUGCAGAGACCGAGUGGAGACGCCAGGCGGCCGCCGGCGCGCACAGCUCUUUCCAGCUCCCUCCCCCGAGCGUUCAGCCCGCCUCCUUCCGCGGCGCCUGCGGCCGCUGGCUCCCUCUUCCCUCCCGAGCGCCCUCCGGGAGCUGCUCCGCGGGUGGCAGGCACGGAGUCCGUGACCUGGGAAUCGUGAGACCGCGGCGAUCAGCCCGCGGUAACCAGCCAGCAAGCCGGAGCCCCAUGCGCGCUCCUUUCGCCGGGGCCGUCGCUGUUGCUCCCUGGGGCUGAGACGUCUGAUCCGUCGCCUCCCCGCCGGGUUACCGAGGCCAGACCCAACUAACUGGUUGUGCACUGUGGCCGGCCGCCACUGCUGAGUGGAAACAAUGUCUGUCAGUGUGCACGAGAACCGGAAGUCCAGGGCCAGCAGUGGCUCCAUCAACAUCUACCUGUUCCACAAGUCCUCCUACGCAGACAGUGUCCUCACUCACCUGAACCUGUUGCGCCAGCAGCGCCUCUUCACUGAUGUCCUUCUCCACGCGGGCAACAGGACCUUCCCUUGUCACCGGGCAGUACUGGCUGCGUGCAGCCGCUACUUCGAAGCCAUGUUCAGCGGGGGCCUGAAAGAGAGCCAGGACAGUGAAGUCAACUUCGACAAUUCCAUCCACCCGGAAGUCUUGGAGCUGCUCCUCGACUAUGCCUACUCCUCCCGGGUCAUCAUCAAUGAAGAAAAUGCAGAAUCGCUCCUGGAAGCCGGCGACAUGCUGGAGUUUCAAGACAUCCGGGAUGCGUGUGCCGAGUUCCUGGAAAAGAACCUGCACCCCACCAACUGCCUGGGCAUGCUGCUGCUGUCCGACGCGCACCAGUGCACCAAGCUGUACGAGCUCUCCUGGCGGAUGUGUCUCAGCAACUUUCAGACCAUCAGGAAGAACGAAGAUUUCCUGCAGCUGCCCCAGGACAUGGUCGUGCAGCUCUUGUCCAGUGAAGAGCUGGAGACCGAAGACGAAAGGCUUGUGUACGAGUCUGCAAUUAACUGGAUCAGCUACGACCUGAAGAAGCGCUACUGCUACCUCCCAGAGCUGUUGCAGACGGUGCGGCUGGCGCUGCUGCCGGCCAUCUAUCUCAUGGAGAAUGUGGCCAUGGAAGAACUCAUCACCAAGCAGAGGAAGAGCAAGGAGAUCGUGGAAGAGGCCAUCAGGUGCAAACUGAAAAUCCUGCAGAACGACGGUGUGGUGACCAGCCUCUGUGCCCGGCCCCGGAAAACCGGCCAUGCCCUCUUCCUCUUGGGAGGACAGACUUUCAUGUGUGACAAACUCUAUCUGGUCGACCAGAAGGCCAAAGAGAUCAUUCCCAAGGCUGACAUCCCAAGCCCGAGGAAAGAAUUCAGUGCGUGUGCAAUUGGCUGCAAAGUAUACAUUACUGGGGGGCGAGGGUCUGAGAAUGGAGUCUCGAAAGACGUCUGGGUGUAUGAUACCCUGCAUGAGGAGUGGUCCAAGGCGGCCCCCAUGCUGGUGGCCAGGUUUGGCCACGGCUCUGCUGAACUCAAGCACUGCCUGUAUGUGGUCGGCGGGCACACUGCCGCCACUGGCUGCCUCCCAGCCUCCCCCUCAGUCUCUCUGAAGCAAGUGGAACAUUACGACCCCACAACCAACAAAUGGACCAUGGUGGCUCCCCUCCGAGAAGGGGUCAGCAACGCCGCAGUGGUGAGUGCCAAGCUCAAGCUGUUUGCUUUUGGGGGUACCAGUGUCAGUCAUGACAAGCUCCCCAAAGUUCAGUGUUACGAUCAGUGUGAAAACAGGUGGACGGUCCCAGCCACCUGUCCGCAGCCCUGGCGUUACACGGCGGCAGCUGUGCUGGGCAACCAGAUUUUUAUUAUGGGGGGAGAUACUGAGUUCUCCGCCUGCUCUGCAUAUAAAUUCAACAGCGAGACUUACCAGUGGACCAAGGUGGGAGACGUGACGGCAAAGCGCAUGAGCUGCCACGCCGUGGCCUCCGGAAACAAACUCUACGUGGUUGGAGGGUACUUUGGCAUUCAGCGAUGCAAAACUCUGGACUGCUACGACCCAACACUGGACGCGUGGAACAGCAUCACCACAGUCCCGUACUCACUGAUCCCUACUGCGUUUGUCAGCACCUGGAAACAUCUGCCUUCUUAAAUGCCUUGCAUCCUGGAGAGGGAGAGCCUGAGCUGACUCCAUCCCUCGAUGAGACAAGAUGCAAUUUCUACUUUAGAGAGGCCAAAUCGAAUGAAAGACAAGAAAAAGGAAAAGAAGUGGCUACAAGACUCGCGUCCAAUCCACCGCACCUUGUAAAUGCUUCUAACUGGAC